GCAGCAGUUGUGGUGGUAUUCAACUUUGCUAUGGUUCUACUGAUUUUCCCUGCUAUCCUCAGCAUGGACCUUUAUCGUCGAGAAGACAGGAGACUGGAUAUAUUCUGUUGUUUUACAAGUCCGUGUGUCACUAGAGUGAUUCAGAUUGAGCCUCAAGCCUAUGUGGAAAACGACAAUACUUGCUACAGUCCUCCACCCCCAUACAGCAGUCACAGUUUUGCACAUGAAACUCAGAUUACAAUGCAGUCUACAGUGCAGUUGCGCACAGAAUACGAUCCUCAUACGCAGGUGUACUACACCACAGCAGAGCCUCGCUCAGAAAUAUCUGUGCAGCCAGUGACUGUGACACAAGAUAAUCUUAGCUGCCAGAGCCCAGAAAGCACAAGCUCGACGCGGGAUUUGCUUUCCCAAUUCUCAGACUCCAGCAUGCAUUGCCUUGAGCCACCUUGUACAAAGUGGACACUCUCAUCAUUUGCAGAAAAGCAUUAUGCUCCGUUCCUCCUCAAACCAAAAGCUAAGAUUGUGGUUAUUUUUCUUUUUCUGGGUUUACUUGGGCUCAGCCUUUAUGGAACUACCCGUGUGAGGGAUGGAUUAGAUCUCACAGACAUUGUACCACGGGAAACGCGAGAAUAUGACUUCAUUGCCGCACAGUUCAAGUACUUUUCAUUCUACAACAUGUAUAUUGUGACACAGAAAGCAGACUAUCCAAAUGUCCAGCACUUACUUUAUGAACUCCACAGAAGUUUCAGCAAUGUUACGUAUGUUCUGUUGGAAGAGGAUAAGCAGCUUCCCAAAAUGUGGUUGCACUAUUUUCGAGACUGGCUGCAAGGACUUCAGGAUGCAUUUGACAGUGACUGGGAAACUGGGAAGAUCACUUACAACAAUUACAAAAAUGGAUCUGAUGAUGCUGUUUUGGCUUACAAACUCUUGGUACAAACAGGCAACCGAGCAAAGCCCAUUGACAUCAGCCAGUUGACUAAACAGCGUCUGGUGGAUGCAGAUGGAAUCAUUAACCCAAAUGCUUUCUACAUCUACCUGACGGCCUGGGUUAGCAACGACCCUGUGGCCUAUGCUGCCUCGCAAGCCAACAUCCGGCCUCACCGCCCAGAGUGGGUCCACGACAAAGCAGACUAUAUGCCAGAAACAAGGCUGAGAAUUCCAGCAGCUGAGCCCAUAGAAUAUGCUCAGUUUCCUUUCUACCUCAAUGGAUUGCGUGAAACUUCUGACUUUGUGGAGGCUAUCGAGAAAGUGAGAGCUAUCUGUAGUAACUACACCAGCCUGGGGAUCGCCAGCUACCCGAACGGUUACCCGUUUCUGUUUUGGGAGCAGUACAUUGGGCUUCGUCACUGGCUCCUCUUAUCCAUUAGCGUGGUUUUGGCUUGCACGUUUCUUGUGUGUGCCCUCUUCCUCCUAAACCCCUGGACGGCUGGGAUCAUUGUGGUGGUGCUGGCUCUGAUGACCGUGGAGCUGUUUGGCAUGAUGGGUCUAAUUGGAAUAAAGCUGAGCGCAGUGCCUGUGGUUAUCCUGAUUGCUUCUGUUGGCAUUGGCGUGGAAUUCACUGUUCAUGUUGCUUUGGCAUUUUUAACUGCCAUAGGAGACAGGAACCACAGGGCUGUCCUUGCAUUGGAACACAUGUUUGCGCCAGUGCUGGAUGGGGCCGUGUCCACUCUGCUUGGAGUGUUAAUGCUCGCAGGAUCAGAGUUUGAUUUUAUUGUCAGGUAUUUCUUUGCUGUUUUGGCAAUCUUAACCAUUCUGGGAGUUCUCAAUGGAUUGGUGCUGCUUCCUGUUCUUCUUUCAUUCUUUGGACCAUACCCUGAGAUUUCUCCAGCCAAUGGACGAAAUAGAUUGCCCACGCCAUCUCCCGAGCCACCCCCAAGCAUCGUGAGGUUUGCACUGCCACCCGGGCACACGAAUAAUGGCUCAGAUUCCUCUGAUUCAGAGUACAGUUCUCAAACCACAGUGUCCGGCAUCAGUGAAGAGCUUCAUCAGUAUGAGGCCACCCAAGGCCCUGGGGCACCGGUUCAUCAAGUGAUAGUGGAAGCCACUGAGAAUCCUGUCUUUGCGAGAUCCACUGUGAUUCAGCCAGAGACAAGGCAUCAGUCGAGUCCCGGAUUGCAAUCAAACCCGGAGUCCAGCACGCAGCAGCAGGCCUGGCGUCAGGGCAGACAACCCAAACGGGAAGCAAGGGAAGGGUUGCGACCACCUCCUUACCGCCCUCGCAGGGACGCUUUCGAAAUUUCUACUGAGGGGCAUUCUGGACCCAGCAACAGGGAUCGCUUGGGCCACAGGGCUCGUUCUCACAGCGUGAGGAGCCCGGCGUUUGGGGCGGUGGGUGCCGCAGGACCAUCAUACUGCCAGCCAAUCACUACUGUGACUGCCUCGGCUUCAGUGACUGUUGCUGUCCACCCUGCGGUGCAUGGCCACAGCUCUCGGGGAGGGAGCUUUCCCUCCUACGAGGGAUACCGUGAGGCUGACCAUGGGCCAUUUGAGGACCCCCACGUGCCUUUUAAUGUGCGGUGUGAACGAAGAAAUUCUAAAGUAGAGGUUAUAGAACUGCAAGAUGUUGAAUGUGAGGAAAGGAUAACUGGCAACAGCUCACAAUAA